ACCGCAUGCGACAUUCUCUGCUGGAGGACGACGAGAGACGACCUCACCACAUGCCAUAACACACCACCCCACGCUCCUUCUACCGACCAUGCAAGCCUUUAACAAACUCGCCGGCGUGCAAGAGGCCUCCGACACCACCCAACCCUCCCAUCCGACCCUCGCGCCCGAAUCCUACCCACCUCUCCCUCCGAUUCCUCAAGACGAAGACCGCUCCUUUGAUGCCCGCAGCUCACGGCGCGGCUCUCAACACUCCGUCGGACUUCCUUCUCGAACACACCGCUCCAACCUCUCACUCCACUCGCGCCGCAGCAUAGCCCGCAGCCGACCCGGAAGCACAAAAGGCAGUCGAGCGUUGAAAGGCACCCACAGCCGCGACAACAGCGACGACGCAGACACAGCACAACAACAGCAACAACCGCGCGCCUCACACGACUCGGAACAGCAACAAUACGAAGAAGACGACGCCUACACCGAAGACGAAGACGACGAGUUCACAUGGGGUCCCUCCCACCCCUGCUUCCCGCAUCCCAAUCCACACUGCUCGCCCGACAGCCUUGCAGCGCAUACCACGCGGGUCAUCCGCAUUCGCCGCGACUGGCUCGCUUCAGGAGACCUCUAUCCGCAAUACGCCAACCUGUACCCCGAGAUCCUCUCUCCUCUAAUCUCCGACUACGAAUUCCGAUUCCUGCUCUCCAACAUCAACGCCAUUCUUGCGCGGGCAUUCACACCGUACUCGACCCGCGCGUGGUUUGACGCGAUCGUGGGCGUACUGACGGGAUAUGCGUGGGAAGAUUGUGGGUUUACGGGAGCGAGGAUCGGGGAGCAUGAGUUGGAGAGAUUUAUGAGGAAGUGG